AUGAGAAUUUUGCAGACUAACCAAGCGUACUCUCUCGUGGGUGAGAAAGUUGUAUUCUCACACAGCAAUGUCCUUUUUGCCGACGAGGACGACACAUUUCUCGCCCAAUUCCCACAGCACACGGUUCCUGCCGAAAUCAGCAGGUCGUUCUUACACAACAUUACCCUUAUCCGCAAAGCCUCAUAUCGCCCAGCACCACCCGCUACAGCCACUAUCCUGCCAACGCCGGGAGACUUCUACGUUAAACGGCCGGAUCUUAUGGCGGCCGGCAGCGUGGACCUGGCAUCCCUCGUCCUCCGGGAGCUGAAUGUCUGCGAGACCUUGAAAAAGCACCCGCACCCGAAUGUAGCAACGUACCACGGAUGCCUGGUGUCCGAAGGGCUCUCCGAGUUUAUGAAAAUGGAAGACUUUGCGGCUGCUAGGAAGCUGGCCGCCGAGAAUUGCCUCGCUGGGAUCGAGGCGGGCAUCCGACACCUGCACGCUCUCAACAUCGUGCACAACGAUCUGAACCCAGCCAACAUUGCGAUGACCGAGGAUGGUGUCCCGGUCAACAUCGACUUUGAUAGCUCUUCGGCACCGGGGGCAGCGCUAGAUGGAAUCAAGCGGACACAUGGGUGGUAUGAUAGAAAAGAUAAGGUGGCACGAACGGACAAUGACUUGAAGGCCCUGCUCGAGCUUCGUGUGUGGCUGUCAGGGUCUUCCCCUGAAGAGUACCAGUUAAGGGACCUCUAA